UUAGGUAUGUAUUUCACAAAGGCAUAACCGUGAUGUGACAGUAAUACGCAGGAAGGUGAAAUCCAUGUCGCAAAUGGAGAAGAAUCGAAAUACGUGUUGAAUUCUAUGGGAAAACUCGCCCUUCUCUCCAAAGCUGGUACGGCUCUGGCUUCGAACCCCCACUUCUGUCGUCCUCAAUCACUAAAUCGAAAGCCAAAGGAUCUGAAAGGCGUUGGACAGUCUUGUGCUGUGCGUAUAGUAACCCUUCACGUCUUUAUCAGGGACUAAAGUUAUAAUAUAGGCAGGUGUCUUAAACUAUACGUGAUACAGAAUGUGCCUACUUCACAACAUCGUUACCACUGUGUUUUUUGCUGGAAUUGUAUACUGGUUGAUACACUAUGCGAGGCGACUGCGCUUUUAUCGACAGGCUUGGAAAUUCUCCGGGCCGCCGAUAGUUCUACCGAUUUUGGGCAAUGCACUGUACUUUGCGGGAAAUGCUGAACAUAUCUUGAACAAAUUCAACGAAUUAUCGCGGGCGUAUCCUUCGCCUUAUCGCGUCUGGCUGGGGUCUGAAUUGUUGAUCAUUUUAUCUCGACCUGAGGACAUCAAGACAGUUCUGUGGAGCGAGAAAGCGACCGAGAAGACGAGAUUUUUCGAAUUCUUUCAACCAUGGUUAGGAAAUGGCUUGUUCACUGCACCCGGUGAAAUAUGGCGUGUGCAUCGAAAGUUGAUCGGACCAACUUUCAAUUUGAGGAUUUUGGAGUCGUUCGUGACUGUCUUCGCGGUCCAAUCGAAUGUAAUGGUGAAGAAAAUGGAAACUGAAUUGAACGGGGAGGAAUUCCUCGUUUUUGAUUACGUGUCAAUGUGCACUUUGGAUAUAAUUUGCGAAACUGCGAUGGGUGUGAGUGUAGGAGCCCAACUUAAUAAUCAAUGCAGUUACGUGGAAGCGGUAGAAAAAACGCUCAAAAUCAUCUACCGGCGAGCAUUCAGCAUUUGGUUGCACCCGCCAGCAAUUUUCAAUCGUACUCAAAUGGGAAAAGAACAAAAUAAGCAUAUAGAAACCAUGCACGAUUUUACCAACAACAUAAUUCAGACGAAGAGGAAAACUUUGCUGAAUCGGAAUACUAAAAAGACUGCAGUCAAGUGGGGGGAAGAUACCGAAGGCGAUUUGCCACUUCAAAGAAAGGCCUGCUUGGAUUUGCUGAUGGAGUUAACAGACGAUAAGAUGAAAUUUUCGGAUUCGGAACUUCGUGAAGAGGUUGACACCAUGAUUGCUGCCGGUAAUGACACGACCUCCAACACAAUCAGUUUCGUCAUGUUGAUGCUGGCAUCUCAUCCGGAUGUACAGGAGAAGGCUUACCUUGAACUCUGUGAAAUUUAUGGAAGCUGCGAUUCCAAAGAGCGCAUCGUCACACAUGAGGACUUGCCACGCAUGAGGUAUUUGGAACUUGUGAUCAAAGAAACGAUGCGUGUUCUUCCAAUCAUAGCGUUGAUAACUCGCUCAAUAAGUGAAGAUUUAGACAUAGGUGAAUAUACUCUUCCAAAAGGGAGUUUGGCUGUUAUUGACAUCCUGGGCAUACAUAGAAACAAAGAAUUCUGGCCAGACCCGCUCAAGUUUAAUCCAGAUCGAUUUUUGCCUGGUGAAGUGGUUAAACGCCAUGCUUGUUGCUACAUACCAUUUAGUGCGGGACCAAGAAACUGCAUUGGUUUGAGGUUCGCCAUGAUGGCAAUGAAGACAAUCCUGGCGACAAUGCUCCGCAGAUAUAUCAUAAAAAAAGAUAAAAUUGUGCCGUUGGUCGACGUGAAGUUGAAGUCGGAGGGUGUAAUUAAACCAGUUGAACCAAUCAUGUUGCGAAUAGAAGAGCGAAGGUGAAUUAUCAUCAACACAAGUUGGGCUGUUCUUGUAUUUGUAUAAUAUG